GUGUUUUAGUAGAAUGUAAUGCGGUUUCCGGGACUACAGAGGCAGUGUUUGAAGUUAACGCGGGCAAUUCUUUUUUUUGUUGUGUCAACAACGUCUUCGGCCUUGUAAACAUCGAUAUAUAUAUUUUUUCACGAAAUGAGGAUACGUGUAUAUGUUAACUUGAUGGCAAGUUUAGUUUCAGCGUGCAAAUAAAACACUCCUCUUUCACUAACUGGGAGAAAUGGCGGUCGGGCUGUACUAUGCUAGCUAGACCGGUUUCUUAUCACGCUAACGGGCUAAAUACAUUUUGUCUACACGGACAGAAAUGGACUCCAAAUACCCAAAUCUGACGAGACCUCAGAAGAAGCGCCGGUACUUCUGCAUUAAAACGAGCGCAUCAACCACGAAGGGAAAUGCCGAACUGGACAUUGAUGACUCCAAUACUUGGUUCAAAAACUUGGAUUCUCCCUCUGAUGUUGGGGAAGAGCUUCCCCCUCUGCCUCCUUCUCCGACCUUCACCCCUGCAGAGAAGGAGGAGAAGACUGGUAACCCUGUAGAGAAGGAGAGGAGAGAACCAUCAUCAGUUCCAGAGACUGGUGAAGCGGUGCCCCAAGGAGAAGAGAUGCACAAGGAGGGGAGAGCAGAGAGCACUUUUCUGGAUACUGAGAGCCCAUUUAAAAAGCACGCUCCCAUCAAGACCUCCAGCCCCAUGAAGCGGCAGGAGGGGGAUGAGGACAAGGACAGAACAGCCUCUCCAUUGCUCUUGACCUGUGAUGAGGAUGAUGAAGAUGACCACGGCCCUGUAAAGCAGCCUAUCACUGCCCUGACACCACAGUGCAACGAACAGGCAGCAGAUGGGGGACAUGAUGCAGUGCUGGACUCUCCUCCCUGUCGGUUUUCUGUCAGCAAACAAAAGACUCCUUCUCGCAGUAUGCCGAAGAAGGAAAAGACACCUUGGAAGUUGACUCUGUCCCUGUGCAGCAUAGAGACAGAGCCAGAAGAGCCUCCCCAAACAAGCCCGUGUCCAGCAGUAGAACCCAAAGAACAACCAGUACCAGGGAAGAAGAGUCUGGCCCGACCUUCAGAGAAGAAGAGUCUGGCCCAUCCUUCAGAGAAGAAGAGUCUGGCCCAUCCUUCAGAGAAGAAGAGUCUGGCCCAUCCUUCAGAGAAGAAGAGUCUGGCCCAUCCUUCAGAGAAGAAGAGUCUGGCCCAUCCUUCAGAGAAGAAGAGUCUGGCCCAUCCUUCAGAGAAGAAGAGUCUGGCCCAGCCUUCAGAGAAGAAGAGUCUGGCCCAGCCUUCAGAGAAGAAGAGUCUGGCCCAGCCUUCAGAGAAGAAGAGUCUGGCCCAGCCUUCAGAGAAGAAGAGUCUGGCCCAACCACCAGAGAAGAAGAGUCUGGCCCAACCACCAGAGAAGAAGAGUCUGGCCCAACCACCAGAGAAGAAGAGUCUGGCCCAACCACCAGAGAAGAAGAGUCUGGCCCAACCACCAGAGAAGAAGAGUCUGGCCCAACCACCAGAGAAGAAGAGUCUGGCCCAACCACCAGAGAAGAAGAGUCUGGCCCAACCACCAGAGAAGAAGAGUCUGGCCCAACCACCAGAGAAGAAGAGUCUGGCCCAGCCCUCAGAGAAGAAGAGUCUGGCCCAGCCCUCAGAGAAGAAGAGUCUGGCCCAACCACCAGAGAAGGAGAGUCUGGCCCAGCCUUCAGAGAAGAAGAGUCUGGCCCAGCCUUCAGAGAAGGAGGCAACACCGGAAAGGAAAGCCACAUCCUCCUUCCUCCAGAAGCUGAGAGAGGCUGGUCAGUCCAAGCCUGCCUGGAAAGCCCUGGCGUCUCCAGUGAGAAAAGCUCCUCUCACCGACCUGGAGGAUGACUUCCUGAUCCUGGAGGACGAUGGUCCUUCCUGGUUCUCCCUUCGCAGGAAGACUGACCCCAACAGGACCACAGCCACACCUCAACCGCAGCAGAAGGACCAAUCACACAGCAAUAAUGACGCCUCAGCUGACACACUCACCAAGACAAGCCAAUCAGAGAAGGAUACAGCCAAGCUGAGAUCAGGAGGGACAGCUGAAGUGAAAACUAAAGAGAAGAAUGCUACUGGAGGCUCCUCCCUCAUACCUGACUCAAGUCCCCAAGGUGAUGGGCAUGUCGAGGCAGACCACAUAGAACAAGACCCGAAGAAGAAGGUCAACAACCCGUUAUCUGAACCAACGACAGCAGGUUACCUGGAACCAGGAGGGGCUAAGCCUAAACCCAGUCAAUCAAAAGCACGCACCAAAACAGAAAAGAAAGUUCCCAGAAUAUCUCAAUUCCAAGCUGGUAUCCAAGGUAACAAGGUGAACCCCAAGACGAGCCGAGGACGAGGCCUGCAGUCUGGGAAAACCAGGAGACUGUCAGCUGGAGCUGGGGAGAAGCCCGUCAGCAUGGAGGAGGAGAGUGAAGCUGCUUCAGACCAGGAUGUUUCACCAGUUCUACAGUUGGCACCGACAGGACAGAGACGAGUCAAGGUCCCAGCCAAUCGUAAAGCCAAGGAGGUCGGCCCCUCCCCUACAGGUGAGGCUGACUCCUCCCAGGCCGGCCAGCUAACCCAGUUAGCAGGGAAGAGGAAGAGGAUCAAGCCUGGUCCCUGGUGGCUCACCAGCCCUUUCAACACACAGGUCACAGAGACAGUCAAUACACACACAGCAAACAAGUACAAACACAAUAACAAGAAAACAAAAACCAAACCAGCAAGAUAUUCCUCUGUGGAGUCAGGGCAAGAGGAGGGGACAUCAAGACCCUUGUUUAAUCAGAACGCAAAGAAGAAACCCUCGUCCAAUCAAACCGCAGAAAAUAAACCUUUGUCCAAUCAGACCACAGAAAAUAAAGCAGAGAAGCCCAAGAGGGGCAGAACUAAGAAGCAAAAGACGACCAGUAGAGAGGAGCCAGCGAGGCCUGAAGGUCAGAGAGAAGAGGAGGAGGCUGAGGCCUCUACGGCAGAGCAGCAGGAGGAGCAACAGGAGCUGGGGGGGCUCAGUCCCAUGCCCAGCCCUCUCAGACAGCAUACACUCACCCCAAGUGAGAAGGUGUUUGACUGGAUCUAUACCCGCCCUCCCAAGUGUAAACCCCAGAGUGACAUUACCCCCCACUCUGCUACCGUUACCCCCAGCAGGCAGGUGCGUCAGGCCAGGGAGGCUCCAGAGAAACGCAGCAGGAGGAGGAAAGCUCCAGAGAACUGGUGGGUCACCAGCAACCCCCCAGAGAACGCUGACAGCACCUCUUCACUCCCUCAACAACCCCAGCCUUACCCCAAAAAACCUUCACCCCCUCAACCACAGCCAAACCCAAAAACUCGCAAGGUGGAGAGAAGUAAGUUCCUUGGACCCCCUCAGAAUGGCAACACAACCUCCUUAACUCGACCUGGAGGAGUUCAGACCCCGCUGAAGAGGAAGGACCUCUCCGCUCCCAAGACAGUCAAGCGCUCUCUGGCCACCAUUGGCGCCGUCUUCUCCUCGGGCAGAGGAGCGCUCCCGGUGGCCACGGUCAGAAGCAUCACGCGGCAGACUUUGGGGAGGAAAACGCUAUUCCCUAGAGCGCCUGAGGAGCAGUCAGCCCAGAGCCCCAGCAUCGGCCUCAGCUCUGGGCCAGCUAAUGACCCCUCCCAGGACCCAACCAGUGACAGGAGCUCCAGCCCUGUGGAUCUGAGUGCCAGUACUGUCUGCAUAGAGCCUGUUGGACAGCUGGGGGAAAAGAAGACCAUACAUCGAGAGUUCUCCCAAAGCAACAACCGACUCUCAGACAACACGUUAAAAGGGUUCAAAAGCGGACCGUCUUCCAUGAUUGAACUGGAGGAUUAUGAAGAGAAUGACAACAACUGUGUCCAGUCGUUCAGAGUGACGGCCCAUCCGUCUGUCCAUCAGUCUGUCCCUCCUGGCAUCGUGCUGUCGGACCCGGAGGCUGUGACUGAGCUUUGUGCUCCUCCUCUCAGAGCCAUCACACUGCAGCUGGAGGACAAGGCCAACCUCACAGACUGGAUGGCUUUGCUCUGGCCUGCCACUGGGAAACAGGGAGGCCAGAUCAGCCCAGAUCAUUUCCAGUGGUUCUCGUAUCGAGACAGAGCUCUUGGUUACAAGAUGGACCUGCUGGCUGAAACCUUCUCCAAUGGAAAGAUCUUGCUGGGCUCCUACAUGAAGAAACCUCUGCUGGUGGACCACAGCGCCACCACUGUGUAUAACCUCCUAACCAGCUCAGUAACUGUGAAGAUCAAUGGCAAAGAGAACCAUUAUGACCCAGGACAGACCUUCAUGGUCCCAUGUGGCCAUGCCUACAGCCUCCACAAUCUGACCCAGGAACCUGCUGCUCUACACUUCACCAGGAUGCUUGCAGAGAGCUCAGAGUGAGGCCUGGAGACCACAGCCAGGGGCUCAGUAAAGUACAAUAGUGACAGGUCAGAGUAGUGAAGGAUCCUUAGACGACCACCAGGUACCUCAACUUAGGAGUGACUGAGACCAGCAGAGACAACAAGCUAGAGAGGCCCUCCUCACUCACCUCAAUGACAUUCCCAAGGACUUAAUAGGAAAUGACCAGCCAGUGAUUUAAAUGGAAAAGUUAGAAAGAUUAAAAGUGUACAGAGGGCUCUGCUGUAAGUGCUUGUUAUUGUCUUAUUGUCACAGUAACAUUUGUAAAUAGCAAUACUUUUGUUUCUAUGGUUUCUUGUGCCCCCCUACUGUGUACAUUUAAUGUGACCAAUGAAAUAACUUGUAAAGGCUUCUGGGGAUUUUUAUUGGAAUAUUCAUCUUGUGUCAACUGUUGCAAACACAUGGUAUGUAUGUAAAAAUAAAAAUAAAAUUAAUUCAG